AUGGCGAACGGCGAAGUCGAGCUGCGCUCUGCCACGCGCACCAACGGCGCCUCCGCCGCCGCACCCACCUAUGCCCCGCUCAACCGGAUCAGCGCCUUCAUCACGCAAUCCGCGGACAAGGGCGCGGCGCAGUCGAUGCUCCACGCCUGCGGUCUCACCGUCGACGACCUUGCCAAGCCGCAGAUCGGCAUCUCGUCCGUCUGGUGGGAGGGCAAUCCGUGCAACACGCACCUGCUCGAAUUCGGGCGUCUCAUCAAGCAGGGCUGCGAGUCCGCCGGUCUGGUCGGUCUGCAGAACAACACGGUCGGUGUCAGCGACGCCAUCACCAUGGGUGGACCGGGGAUGCAGUACAGCCUGCCUUCGCGCGAACUCAUCGCCGACUCGAUAGAGACCAUCACCAUGGCGCAGUAUCACGAUGGCAACGUGUCCAUCCCGGGGUGCGAUAAGAACAUGCCGGGUGUGCUGAUGGCCGCUGCGAGGCAUAAUCGGCCGACGAUCGUGGUGUACGGAGGGACGAUCCAGCCGGGCAGGCAUGGGAUGGAUGUGCCUGGUCUCGGAAGGAAGAAGGGCGACCCGUGCAAUGUUGCGGACAACUUUGAGGCUACGGGUGCCUAUGCAAAGGGCUUGAUCACGGCGGAACAGCGGGUGGAUCUGAUUCGUAACGCCUGCCCUGGCCCAGGUGCCUGCGGUGGAAUGUACACCGCCAACACGCUCUCCACCGCCAUCGAGGUCAUGGGCAUGGGUCUGCCGCUCACCUCGAGCAUCCCCGCCGUCUACCCUGAAAAAACCCAAGAAUGUCUUCGCGUCGGCGGCUACAUGCGCAACCUGCUCGAAAAGGACAUCAAGCCCUUGGACAUUAUGACCAAGCAAGCGUUCGAAAACGCCAUCACCAUGACGCAGAUCAUGGGUGGAUCCACCAACGCUGUCCUUCACCUCAUCGCCGUCGCUCGUGCCGCCGACGUCGACAUUACCAUUGACGACUUCCAACGCAUCGGCGACCGCACGCCCAUGCUCGCCGAUGUCAAGCCGAGUGGCAAAUACUACAUGGAGGACAUUCACAAUAUCGGUGGAGUGCCUCGCGUGCUCAAGUAUAUUCUGGAAAACACGGAUCUGCUGCACGGCGAUGUGAUGACGGUGACGGGCAAGACGAUGCGCGAGAACCUCGUCGAUGUCGAACCGCUCGAGUUUGAGACGCAGGAUAUCAUUCGGCCGCUCUCCAACCCGAUUAAAGCUACGGGGCAUCUGACGAUCAUGCGCGGCUCGCUGUGUCCGGGAGGCGCCGUGUCGAAGUUGACUGGAAAAGAGGGGUUGUAUUUCGACGGUACCGCCGUCGUCUUUGAUGGCGAGGACGGCAUCACCGAAGCGAUCGCAGAGGGGAGGGUGAAGGACGGAAGCAUCGUGAUCAUCCGCUAUGUCGGGCCGAAGGGCGGACCGGGGAUGCCGGAGAUGCUCGGCCCCACGGGUGCGAUCAUGGGCGCAGGCUUGGGCAAAACCGUCGCGCUCAUCACGGACGGACGCUUCUCAGGUGCCAGCCACGGAUUCUGCACGGGACACGUGGUGCCAGAGGCGGCCGAGGGCGGACCGAUCGCGCUCGUCAAGGACGGAGAUAGGAUCACGAUCGAUGCUGGGUCGCACGAGAUCAACCUGCAUAUCAGCGCCGACGAGAUGCAGGAGCGCAAGGAUUGGUGGCUCAAGGAGAAGGCGGGCAAGCUGCCGAUCAAGCACAAGCGCGGUUGGCUGUACAAGUUCGCGAGGGACGUGCAGAACGCUUCGGAGGGAUGCGUUACGGACCGCGACCUGUUCUGA